AUGGAGCGGAUACGGGGGUUUGUGCAGCGCCUUGGUGGGAGUGGGGGGAACGGGGGUGGCGAGGAUGUUGCGAUGGCGACGAAGGAGCAGACGGAGGAGAUACUGUCGAACCUCCCGCUAACACGCGAAUUCCUGUCUGAACUACCACACACCCGCCUCCUCACCACCGCCGCCCAAAACGACACACUCGCCCGCACCGCCCACGCCCUCAUCACAAGCCUCAACACGCACCUCACCGCGCACCACACCACCACCACGUCACUACACGCGCACCUACGCACCCUCAGCAGCCUCAGCGGCACCCUCAGCGCCGCGCAAUCGCACGCCGCAGCCCUGCACGCACAGCUACUAGAGCUAUCUGCGCUCGUGGCCGCCGCGGAGGAGUCACAGGGUGGCGACACGGAUGCGGAGAAGGGGUUUGAGCGGUGGGCGGCGGGGCGGAGGGCGCAGGUGGAGGAGAGGAAGGGCGCGUGGAGGGAGGAGCUGGUGAGGUUUGAGAGGGAACGGGUGGCGAUUGGGGCGGCGGGGGAGGUGGUGGUUGCGAAGAGCGGGGGGGGCGGGGGCGGGGGAGGGGGAGGGUUGGAGAGUGUGGAGUUGGAAGGGGAGGGGGAGGGGCAGGAGGGGUUGGAGGACUUUUUGGGGGGUGGGUUUUAUGGGGGUGGCCCUUCUUCACUGCCGCUGCCGCUGUCCGUCCCUUCGUCUUCUUCUUCUUCCUCACUGCCCCCGCUGGCCACUACGACAGCUAUGACAGCUACGACAGAUACCACUACGACUACGACUACGACGACGACCAGCAAGAAGCCGAAAAAGCCAAAGCCAAAACCACAGCCCAAGACACUACCCGUCGCGAAACCACCGCCCCCGAGGCCAAAGCAGCGGAUGGCAGUCAUGGCCGAUGAGGAUAUCGACGACGAGGACGACCUCAAGAAGUGGUACUAA